AUGGCGGCGAGGUGUGCGUGGCUGCUGGUGGCCGUUCUGGCGGCAUGCGUGGGCAGUGCGGUCUCCGAUUCGGAGUGCGGGGGAUACGCCUGCCCUGAGUACGAUGUCAUCGACGUGCUGCACGGGGACGUUGAGAUCCGGAGAUACAAGUCAGGCAUGUGGGUGAAGUACCCAGUCCCGGGCGAUGAUUUCAUCUUCAUGGCGGAGUACGGGGACGAGAAACUGUCCGGCUAUUUCGCGGGCGAAAACUACGAGCACAAGGAGGUCGCAGUGUCUUCACCCCUCAAGGUGGACUUCAACGUGUGGAAUCUGGGGGAGCAGAGAUAUGCUGCCUAUUGGCUGCCUGAAGCAGAAGAGAGCCUCCCCCCCGCCGCUGUGCCCCCCGCCCGUGUCGACAAGCACGGCGAGAAAUUCAUCUUUGUGAAGAAGUACAAUGCCACCCAUGACUUCCGGGCUGUGCUCAAGGAGGUGGCCUCCGGCAUGGUGGACCUCACCAUCGACGGGUCGCCGUUCGACUUGAACGAAGUUUCCAUCGCGAUGUACGACUAUCCCAAGGGGGGCUCCGGCGAGAGGCAGGAGGACGAGAUCUGGUACACGCGGACGUUCAAGCACUGGGACAGCCCUGACGUGCCGGUGCUGAGGGAGAUAGCCGAAAAGUUCAGGCGGGCUUUCUGA